UGGUCCGUGAAAGCAGCACCUGCGAGUUUUGGUUCGUGUUAGCAAGAGUUUUGGACUGUGUGCAGUUGUUUACAGGCCAUACAGAGGCAUUCGAUGACAUAUUAACAUUCUGGUUAACAAACAAAAAUGUAUUUUCGACAGAUUUUGCGAACACGGUUCGUGGGGGCCGUUCAUCUAAACCGUUUGCAGCGUGUUUAUCAAGCUCAGAGACAACUGUGCACCAAAAGUGAUGAGGUGAGGCUGGCAGAGGAGGCCAGCAAGAAGUAUGGCUCCCCAGCUCAGACCAUCUUCUCCAAAGUGAUCGACAAAAGCAUCCCUGCAGAUAUCAUUUAUGAAGACGAGAAGUGUUUGGCAUUUAGGGAUGUCAGCCCCCAGGCCCCGGUUCAUUUCCUGGUCAUUCCAAGGAUUCCUAUUCCGAGAAUAAGUGAGGCCAAAGACGAGGAUGCCGAGCUCUUAGGGCAUUUGUUGGUGGUCGCCAAAAAUGUUGCAAAGCAGGAAUCUCUAAAGGAAGGAUACAGAGUGGUGAUCAAUGAUGGAAAACACGGUGCUCAGUCGGUUUACCACCUUCACAUCCACGUCCUGGGAGGAAGACAGAUGACAUGGCCACCAGGAUAGGAUAACAGUGUUAAUGUGUCUUUUUAAAAUGUUCAAUCCUGAUCCAAACAAACUUAACCCCACAAUAUAUGAAAUUGUAAAUAUGUGGAUUUCAACAAAUGUAAAAAUAAAUGCUGAAGAGUAAAGACAUUG